CUCUACCUACCACCACCCCACCCUUCCCGUCAAGUUCUUCUCCGGCGAGGGCGACGCCUCCAGCAGGUCACAAGGCGAUCCUGUAACCGUAGAGAUCUCUUCGCUAUACGAGCUCUGAAGACCUGGCCGGCGCCGCCUCGAUCUCUAGCAGAUAAAGAUCAAAGUGGAUCAGGCCGAGUCGUCUUGUCCAACACCGACAUGACGGACGGGGUCCAAGACAGUGAAGAAAUUGCUGCCCUGGAGAAGGCGUUGGUCGAUGAAACCAUGGAUCCAGUUGAUAUACCUUUCUCCCUUCUCAAGUCCAUCACAGGAAAUUUCUCGGAAGCUCAAGAGAUCGGCAGGGGCGGGUUCGGAGUGGUCUACAAGGGAGUGCUUCCAAGUGGUCGCACCGUCGCCGUGAAGCAGCUCUUCGAAAGGUACGAGAUCCUCGACAAGACUUUCGAUAGCGAGAUUGACUGUCUUGCGGGCCUCAAGCACAAGAAUACGGUGCGAUUUCUUGGGUAUUCCUCCGAGACGCAGUAUUUACGAAGGCUGUGCGACGGGAAGCUUCAGUGGGUAGCCAAGCGGCAGAGGCUGCUCUGCUUUGAGUACCUGCCCAAAGGGUGUCUUGCUCCCUAUCUCUCCGAUGCAUCUUGUGGACUUCAUUGGAGCACACGUUAUCAAAUAAUCAAGGGGAUCUGUGAGGGCAUACAUUAUCUUCACCAGCACCGUAUUAUUCACAGGGACCUCAAACCUCAGAAUGUACUAUUGGAUGAUAACAUGAUUCCCAAAAUUGCGGAUUUUGGACUAUCGCGACACUUAAGUGAAAGCCAGAGUCGGGAUAUCACUGAAAACAAGUUUGGGACAAUGGGAUAUAUGGCACCAGAAUUCUUUAAUAAGGGAGAAAUCACCUUCAAGACAGACGUAUAUAGUUUGGGUGCUAUAAUAAUGGAUAUUCUUAUGGGACAAAAGGAAUGCUCCGAUGUUAAGGAGGUAGUUGAAAGUUGGACGGACAAGUUUGGGACAUCAAAGAGUCAUACAUCACUGGAAGAAGUAAAGUUAUGUGCUGAGAUAGGGAUAAAAUGCAGGAACUAUGACCCCCGGAACAGGCCUGCUACAUGGUCUAUCAUCCAUGGAAUACUAGAUGAAGCGGAAAUUUCGAACUGGUCUGUUACAAGUGAUGUAGCUACCUCUACAGAAGGGCAGAUAAGACUUGCCUCCAAGCGGAUGGAUGAGCUGAAGUUGAUGGAUGAUUCUGCUACACCAUCCCAGCAGCAACCAUCAACGCUGGAAGUGGAGCAGGAGGGUGGCAAAGCGAGCCAAGAGAGGAAGAGGAAGGCAUCAACCAUAAGCUUCUCCAAGAUGGCGGAUGAGCUGAGGUUGAUGGGCGAUUCUGCUGCACCAUCCCAACUGCAACCUUCGGCACUGGAGGUUGAACAGGAGGAUGGCAAAGUGAGCCAAGAGAAGAAGAGAAAGACAAGCUUCUCCGGGUUGGUGGAUGAACUAAAGUUGAUGGAUGAUUAUGUUGCACCAUUCCAACUGCAACCAUCCUCACUGGAGGUGGAGCAGGAGGAUGGCAUAGUGAGCCAACAGAAGAAGAGGAGGGCAUCAACUAUGAGUUUGGCGACCAGGGUGAUGAGCACCCUUAGUGGCAAGCUUACCACUUUCAUCAACGAUGAGUACAAUAAGCGCAAAGAGGUAAGGAAGCAGGCGUCGUUCCUUAAGAAGGAGUUGAGCGCCAUACACGCUGCUCUUGAGCUGCCGGAGCUCAUGAAUGAGCUUGCUCCAGGUGUAAAAAUUUGGAGGGAUGAUCUCAGAGAGAUUUCCUACGACAUGGAAAAUUGCAUUGAUGACUUCAUCCGCCAAUUCGGGGUUGAGGAUGUUGAGGUAGGCUUUUUCUGGGAGGCUGCUGAACUUCACAAAAGGUUGUGCGAGCUUCAUCAAAUUUCCAACCAGAUGGAAGAGCUUAGGACUCUUGCGGUAGAAGCAAAUGCUCGACGUGAGAGUUACAAGAUUGAUGAUUGCAAGCCUAGCUUUGGCCAUGUGGCUGUCGACACUCGUUUGCGAGCGGUCUACCAGGAGGCGGCCAACCUUGUGGGCAUUGAAGGCCCUAGAGAAGAGGUUAUCAGUUGGUUGAUGAAUACUCAGAAAAAACUAAAGGUUGUGUCCGUUGUUGGUUUUGGAGGCCUGGGUAAAACUACACUUGCCAAACAGGUGUUUGACAAAAUCAAAGGGCAUUUUGAUUGUGUGGCAUUAUUUUCAGUUUCACAGAGGCCUGAUUUGAGAGUGCUUCUCAAUCGCCUACAACUGAAACUUGGGAUAAGUGUCUCUACUCACGAUUACGGGUUUGACGACAUCAUUGAAGAGCUAAAGAAGUAUCUCACAGAUAAAAGGUACCUUAUUGUAGUUGAUGACUUGUGGGAUCAAUCAGCAUGGAAUACUAUUAGUUGUGCUUUUCCAGAAAAUGGAAAUGGGAGUAGAAUAAUUAUAACCACACGAGUGGAAGAUGUGGCUGGCAUGGCCUGUCAUAAUGACCGUGAGUGCAUUUACACAAUGAAGCCCCUCAGUGAUGAGAACUCAAGAAUGUUAUUCUCCAAUAGAGUAUUUGGGUCUGAAGUUGUUUGUCCACCCCAUCUUAAAGAAGUUGCGGCUGAAAUUCUGAAGAAGUGUGGUGGUAUGCCGCUUGCAAUUGUCACUAUAGCUAGCCUACUAGCUACUCAAGUGAGAUCAAAGAAACACUGGGAGAGCAUAAGGAAAUCUCUGGGUGCCCAUUCUGCCACAAAUCCUUCAUUGAAAGAGAUGAAUAGUGUAUUAAACCUUAGCUACACACAUCUUCCUCUUCAUCUCCGGCCAUGUUUUCUGUACCUUGGUAUGUAUUCUGAGGAUCACAUCAUUCCACGGGAUUAUCUGGUUAAACAAUGGAUAGGUGAAGGCUUUGUCAGCAGUUUGCAUGGACCAGAUUUGGAGCAUGUCGGCAGGAGUUAUUUCAAUGAGCUUAUCAAUAGAAGCAUGAUUCAGCCGGCAGAAAAUGAUGAAAAUGAGUAUGGAGAGGUGUUGUGUUGCAGAGUACACGACAUGAUGCUUGAUUUGAUCCUAAGCAAGUGUGUAGAAGAUAAUUUUGUAAGUGUGGCAUACAAUUCUGAGGACAUGACAAGACUGCUGCAUCUCUGCAAAUACAAGGUUCGCCGAUUAUCCCUGUGCUUCAUGGCUGUUGGUGGAGCAACAUACGACACUGCUAUUUCUACUAGGCUGUCACAAGUUCGAUCAUUACUGUUCGAGAACACUAUACUCCCUCUUUUGUGGUUCAAGUACCUCAGGGUGCUAAUCAUUUUUAAUGAGGAGGAGGUAGUUGACCUCACCGCUGCUAGCCAAUUGUUUCUGCUUAGGUGUGUGAUGGUUAGAGCUUCGAAGAUAGAGCUCCCUAUUGAACUUGGUGAGCUUGUUUACUUGGAGACGCUGGACAUAUAUGAUUGUGAACUGAUAAAGAGCAUCCCUUCAGAUAUAGUUCAUUUGCCCCGCCUGUCCUGUCUAGUUCUUCCAGAUUGGACAGAGUUGCCUGAAGGUAUCGAGAAUAUGAAAUCACUGCACACCCUGCGAGGGCUUGACAUGGAAAAUAGCUCGCUGAAGUGUUUUAUGGGUCUCAGCGAGCUGACCAAUCUGAGGGAACUGCAUAUUUUUAGUUUGGGGUUGCCAGAAGUUGCUUUGGGGUUGCCAAAAGUUGAUGCUUUGGCUUGCUCCAUUGGAAAGCUUUAUAACCUUGAAUCUCUUGUAAUCUCUGGCGAUCAUUAUGAGCGUGAGGACAGGCAGCAGCUUGGCUCAUUAUCCAAUCCUUUUCAACAUAUUGAGCGUCUUGAAUUGCCUUUUUGGCGGUUAUGGAGGGUUCCAAAAUGGUUGUGUGGUCUCCAUUGCCUGCGCUUCCUUGAGCUGUAUGUUGAAGGGACAUCAACUCAGGAUUUUCAUCUGCUUGGAGAGCUUCCCUCCCUCGCCCACCUCGAAUUCAAAGCAUGUGAAAUCCCUGAUGAAAGAGCUAUGUUAGGCACAGGGCUAUUCCCAGUUCUGGAGUUCCUAGAUAUCCGGUCUAGUAAAGACACUACAGCAUACCUAGGCUUCGAGGCAGGUGCUAUGCCCAGUUUACGAAGACUCUGGAUCGGUGCGUCUCACUGGGGUGGCACUGUACCAGUCGGCAUGGAGCACUUGUUACCCCUCCAGGAGAUCAAAGUGUAUGGAGUCUCCAAUACUAAGGAUACCAAGGACGCGUUCAAGGAGGCCUUGCUGUUGCACCCGAACCGCCCUUCGGUCAAAGUUCACGCUUCAUAGCAGAGUAUAAUUCGCACAUGCAUUGUACUGUCUACCUUCCGUAGACCUGCUGGAGAAGUGAAAAGGGGCAGCUGAUUAAGGCGCUCUUGAUGCUUAUAUAUGUACUCCCUCCGUCCGGAAAAGCUUGUCCCUCAAGUGGAUGUAUCUAGCACCAAGUUAGUGCUCUAGAUACAUCCAUUUGAGGGAUAAGCUUGAGACAAGUUUUUUCGGACGGAGGGAGUAUAUAGAUACUGACAUCAAGGAAGGAGCUUACCACGAAUGUCUUAAGUUUUCCGGAUGUGGUUGUACUCACGACUGCAGAUGUGUCCGCUGCAUCUUUGUUUUUGACAGCUAAUUAGCGGUGGAUACGGAUCAAGAUCUGUAUUUUUCUUGUAAUCUGCCUCUCUGUAAUAGCUUGUAAUCCUGAUGCUCAAUAAAUGAAUG